GGUACCUAUUACCUGUUUUUGUCUUAGCGGGUAGCUAUACCGAAAUUCAUCAUAAUAUAAGACCUAAGAUGACUAACUUUUGUAUCGAUACCAUUGCUGAAAAAUGCAUAAACUUGUAUGAUAGUCUUCCAAAAUCAGGUAAACCUUUAAAAAAUGAGUGGACUGUAUUGUCUUGUGUAUUACAAUAUGAUAAAGUAACAUCUUCUUACGACGUGGUCUCAUUAGGCACUGGUUCUAAAUGCAUUGGAGCCUCCAAAAUGUCUUCUGCCGGCAAUAUCUUAAACGAUUCGCAUGCCGAAGUUUUUGCACGACGCGGCUUUUUGAUUUAUUUGUAUGAAAAUAUAAUGAACACAUUAGAAAACAAACAAUCCAUAUUCCAUAAAGAAAAAGAAAAAUUCAGAUUAAGAGAUAACAUAGAGUUUAUUUUUUAUUCAUCACAGACGCCAUGUGGGGAUGCAUCAAUAAUGCCCAAAGUCGAACAAGAAGAUAAUGUUGGAUAUACGAUUCUAUCUCAUAAAAGAGGAGCUCAGGAUGACAAUUGUCAAAUAGUAAUUAAAAGACAAAAACUGGACAUUCAUAGGACAGGAGCAAAAUGUUUACCUAACAUGAAACAAGAUCUACAAUUGCUAGGAGAACAUUAUCAUUUAUUAGGACAAGUAAGAACAAAACCUGGCAGAGGUGACAGAACUCUCUCUGUGUCAUGCAGUGAUAAAAUGGCUCGUUGGAUACAAGUUGGAAUACAAGGAGCUUUACUGGACAUGCUCUUAUGUGAACCAAUCUUUAUAAAGUAUUUCAUAUUUGGUGCAGGUGUUCCGUACUGUGAAAUAUCAUUAAAUAGAGCUCUCUUAAAGAGAAAUUCUGAUGAUGUUAUUGAUAGAAAACUUGCAUGUUUUCCUGAAUUCUAUAAAUGUUCAAAAAUAUUUCCUCAGAUUAAAAGUGGAGAUGAAAUGAAGCCAACUCCUGCAAGUAUUGUUUGGAUUAAAACAAGACAAAAAUUAAUAGAAGUUGCUAUUCAAGGUAAAAAACAAGGAGCAACAAAAAAGAAUGCUAAUUAUCUUAAUAGUUCUUUGUGUAUCAGUAAAUACAACAUUUAUAAUAAAUUUCAAGAAGUUUUACUUAAACACAAAGAUUUAUGUAGAAGUAUCUGUGGUGAGGAAUUGUUGUGUAACAUUGAAUACAACAAAAUGAAGAAAAAGGCUGACAGGUAUCAAAAAAAUUGGUGUGAAACAAAAGAUAAUUUCUUCAAAAUAUGGACAGUGAAACCAGAUUUAUGGAAUUUUUGUAUAAAUAAUAAAUCAAUUUAAAAUCUUUAA